UGAUAUUUUUGAUAUCGUUGUGAACAGCUGACUCAGUAAUAAUAUGCACCGACCCGGUUGGCGUAAACAUAAACUAACUACGCCUUUGUCGCUGAUAUCUAGUUCGCAACGAUUCCCCUGAUUUAUCUUAUAUUUCUACCAUAUUCUCGAAGCGUCCGACCCAAAUUAGUCAACAUGUGCUAGAAGAAACAUCUUAGGCUGCUUAUGGAUCAGUAUAAAUCAUCCAUCUACCAAAUUUGCUGCACUUUUGGUGAGAAGGUUUGCGGUGGAGUACUUGGUGAGGACAGGGAAGAAUGGCUGGCAUUAUCAAACAUCCCAAAAAACUGCAUUUUAUGCUAGAUAAUGCCUUGGAGAAGGAAAGCAAGUCAUGGAAGGAAAAGAACCUGAGAGACACAGAAGACGAUGAGAACGAAAUAAGUCCGCGUCUGAGAGACGAGAUCACAAGGUGGAUGUGCAUGCUGAAUUUCAAGUUUAAAUUUUCACCUGAAACAUUCAUGCUAAGCACAACCAUACUGGAUCACUUUUUAGCCUCAAUCAAGGCGCGACCCAAGUAUCUGAAAUGUAUCUCAGUCAGCUGUUUCUUUCUUGCUAUGAAAAUGAAGGAGGAAGACGAUGUUGUGCCGUCCACACAGGAGCUUGUUGAAGUGAGUGACUGUGGUUGUAGUGUGGCUGAUGUUCUCCGAAUGGAGAAGAUUAUUUUAGACAAACUACAUUGGGAUAUUAACAUGACAUCAUCAUUGGAUUUCCUCCAUAAUUUACAUGCCUUGUUAGUGUUCGGUUGUCCUCAUUUUCUAUCUCGUCUGGGACAGAUGAGUCCUUCUCGACAUCUCUCUAUCCUCACAGCGCGUCUUCUCCAGUGUGUGUGUAACAACCGUCUGACCGCGUUCCGUGGCUCUGUCCUGGCUCUGGCAUUAUUGAGUCUAGAAUUGGAGAUACUGGUUCCUGAUUGGUUGGCUGUCACCAUGAUGUUACAACGUUUAAUCAAGGUUGAUAACCAACAAGUCAUUCAUUGCCGUGAGACUAUUGUCAGCGUACUGAUGGGACAUCCGGCCGUGAACACAGUUUAUAUGAUGCAACAACAGCAGAAAAGCGAUCACCACGGAGUACACAAGAAGAGGAAGACGACAAUCAAGCGGAAAGUGGAGCAAAUUGAGGUGGAUGAAAUAUACGAUAGCAUAAAACGCCUAUAUAAUGAAGAAGCGCCCCAAGAUGUGAUGAUGGUAUCAGCGCCGUCCACACCCAAAUCAUGCCAUAGACAACAGCAGCAGGACAGUACAGAGGGUACCAUGAACACCUGCCCCCCUCUGCAAAUAAUUGAAGUGUCUUGACGCCACUCACACCUGCCGUUUGAAUCACAGUAUGUUCAAUUAGCAGGAUGAGUUCAUUUAUUUCUUAGGGGUGGCAGGUUUGGUGACUGACAGGGAAAUAAGCCGUAAAUUAUUAUAGAUUAUUAGGAAAAUGUUUUACAUAAUUUAUUCGCUUGAGACUUGUGAUCUGUUUAGUAUAGUGCUAGCACUUUGAGGGUUGGGCAAUGUCAAAGGCACUAAUUACACAAAACAAAAAUGCUGAACAAACUAAAAUGUAAGUUAUCAUUUUUUUCUUUUUUUUUGACUGGCUCUAAUCUUUCAUUGGGUCGGUUUCCAUGGAAACCAGCCCCAAUCUGUGCAAGAAGUAGUCGCAGUUUCUUUCUUGCCACAUUUUUAAGUUGCAUUUUUUCUUUACAAAAUAAGCAAUACCGCAAAAAGAAACAAAAAGACCUUAAAAGAAACAAAAAAACUUAACAAGUAACUAAAUAAAAUGAAAAAAAAAAUGGAAAAAGAAAACUAAACUUAAAAAAAAAAAAAAAAAAAAACAUGAAAGAAAUGCAAAAAAGUUGAGCCGGUGCUAUAUGUAAAACACUAGUGUAUUUAUGUUUUUAAAAGUUUGCGUUCAGCAAAAAAAAAACACUGCAUGUUAUAUAUGUAUACUUUUGUUUUUUACUCAUGUAUAAUAUUGUAAAUAUGGUGCCUCAUAAUCUUAAGUUAUGUAACUAUGUACAGAAACAAACCAAAAAAAAAAAGUUUUAUUUUUUAUGAGCAUUUGUCAGUAUUUUAUGUGAUAAUUAUUUUUGACUUAUUUGUUGUCAUGUGACAAUUCAGCACUAAUUUAUUGUAUACAUGUGUAAGCUUGUCUCGAUUUGAAAUGUUAGUUUUUGCAGUUGUAUAUUGCAUAGGGUUGGCAAGUAUCAUGUAAUAGAUUGUGUUGUGUGAGAUGAUGUCGUCAUUUUCACAUGUAAAUAUAAGCAUUGGCACUAGAAAUAACAUGAAUGUGUUUCCAUGGUAAACAUCAAAUAAUACUGACAGAUAUUUUUUUAUCAUCUGUUGAACAGCGUGUUUUUAUUCAGUGUGUCACAUUUUACUCAGUAACUCAUAUAAUGUUCUCCAAAUUGUGAUAUUUUCAUCAGUGCUUUAUUGUUCAGACAUUUGGUAAAUCAAAAUGUAAUUAAUUUUAAAAAGCCUCCUAUUCUUUUUAUGCGAGUGCACUUGAUGUUAAAAAUUCAUCUUGAACACAUCUAUUCAUACCUCAAACAUUAUGCUUGUAUAUUGAUCGUUGGCUGUCAACGUGUGAAUUACAAAAGUGUAUUCAACAUUUAAUGUUCAGAUUCAAGGAUGUGAAGUAAAUUUCACAGUUGCAUGUCCAUGUUAUUCUAGUAUCUGCGAUGGUACUCACCUAAGUUUCAUUUGGGAUCGUGGUAUCAUGUCAACACACUUAUGCAAGUUAAAAACUCUGUGAUGUGCAUCUGCUUUUCGCUGUGUUUCUAUCAUAUGUAAAGUUUUGUCAUAUUUAGUUUUACGUAUGCUGUAACAAAACACUGCAUCUCUGUCUGUAUUACACAAAACAAAUGAAUGCCACUCAGUCUCUAUGAUACUGCAUUAAUCUCUUAAAUGAGAUUACAUUAUGCGUUUCCAAUGUUUUCGGUACAUUGGACGUUGAUAUUCGCCGAGACGUUUGAACGUCGUUCUGAAAUACAAUUAAUCGUACACAUUCCAAGAGUUGGCGUUGUGAAGACCUCUUUGUUUAGAACAAUGUUAUCAAACAGCAAGUCAUUAGUAACUAAUUUUUAAUUGAUUGUGAUUAGAUGUAUUAUUGUACAUGUCACAUGGUUAUUUUAGUCCAGCACUUUUAUUAAUGUAAAGCAAUAACAUUUUAAGAAACAAAACAUAUUGCUGGUUGCAUACCAGUACACGUACUAUUGAAGUUCCUUUUAAGUUAGAUUUCGUGGUAACAUUUUUUUAAACUUUGCAUUUUUUGUAAACUUUGUGUGGUUUUAGUUCUUACCCGGUACUUGCCAUUUUCAUCAUAAUUGUGCUUUGUUUCAUCACUAUUUGUCUAUCUUUUUUUAAAAAUCAAUAUGCCAGUGUUGUGUGAUGAUCUUUAUUUCACAUCAAGUUUUAAUUUUAUUCAGCCAUUGUUGGCUCAGGGAGCGAGAUUCAAACUAUGCAGAUUGGGACGUUGAAAGGAAAACCGCUUACAAAGUGAUUUUUCAGAAAUAACUGUCUGUCGAAACUCUUAUUAUAUUCAUUUAAACUUAAGCAACAAACUAAUCGUUUAUUGCAAAACUUGUCAUUUACUGCUUUAAUCGAAGAAAACGUUUCCGACUGACUGCAAGUCUUGAGAUGUCACCGAUAAUACUACACAUGAAUGACUGUUAUUUGUAUUGAUAUAUAUUAUUUGCUGUGGGCAUUUCAUCUACUAUUAUACAUGCCUUACAAGAACUGCUGACUGCCAUAUAAUCAGAGGUCAUUACUCCCAGUACUAGAGCCAUGAGGCGCUUUCCUCAUGACGAGUUUAUGAAAAACCCAGAAUAAAUAACCUGUGCUGUGCAGAGGCAUUUUUUUUGGGAAGAACAUAUUUUAUUCAAUCAUUUUAGUCUUCAGUGUGAUUGUCUUGAUUUCCGAUGAUUAACUGUUGAUGUAUAAAUAAACAUUGACUGUGAUUAAAAAUAA